AACGAUAGUUAAGCAUAAAUCAUUAACACCACUAUUCAUGACUCGCUACCUGAUGGAUAGAAUUACCUGCUUAGCAGCUCAGGCGUAUUUUAUUUCAGUGUUAGACAAUACACACACAGGAAUAAACACAAACUGAGGAGUUGUACUCUCAUUCUGUUUCGAAAAUGAUUUCAAACAGUAGCCUACAUAGGAUCUGAAAUCUGACAGCAAUGUCAACACUGUCAUUUGAGUCCCUCUGUUUAAAGGAUGAUGAACUUCCAUCUACAAAUGAAACCCAGGACACGGAGGAUGAAACAGACUUGGAGUCAGAUGAUAAAGAGGAAAGCCAAACAGAGAUGUCGAUUUCUGAAGUGUACCUCCAGGCCUGUAAGAUGGUGGGUGUAGUGCCAGUCUCCUACUUUCUAAGAAACCUGAAUUCUCCAACUAUGACCCUCAGCCACCACGGGCUGGGACCUUUGGGAUGCAAGGCACUCGCCAUUGCUUUAGUGACUGAUAUGAACAUCAACACUCUGGAACUGGCAGACAGUCACAUCCAAGCUGAGGGAGCCAAAUACCUUGUGGAGAUGCUUAGAGCUAAUUUCACCAUUCAGCACCUGGAUUUGUCCAACAACAAUCUGCUCUCCGUGGGAGCUGAGUAUGUUGCUAAAAUGCUGCUGGACAAUAUUUCACUGAAAUCUCUGAAACUUUCAGGGAAUGGAUUCACUGAUGAUGAAGCUAAAUAUUUUGCAGAUGCCUUAUCUACUAAUGCCAGAAUAAAGGAACUAGACCUGAGCCAUAAUGAGUUUUGUGGAAAAGGAGGGGAACAUUUGGGUCAGCUGCUUGCCAACAACGAGGGUCUUGAGGUGUUGGAUCUGAGCUGGAAUCAUCUCCGGAUGAAAGGGGCUGUGGCGCUGUCAGCUGGACUGAAGGUAAACAUGAUUUUAAAACAUCUGGACUUAUCAUGGAAUGGUUUUGGAAAUGAGGGUGCUCUGGCCAUGGGAGAAGCACUAAAAUUCAAUAACAGUCUGGUGCACCUUAAUCUCAACAACAACCGGCUCACCAACGAGGGUGUUGGCAUGCUGUGCAGGGGUCUAGAGUUCAAUGACACACUGAGGGUCCUACUGCUGGCUUACAACUCUCUGACAGUAGAGGGAGCACUUGCUCUGGUCAAUGUGGUGAAGAACACACCUAAAACUGCCCUAGAGGAGAUCAACAUAUGUAAUGUGCUGGUAAAUGAGACAUUUGUGCAUCUUCUGGAGGUGACAUGUCAGGAGCAUCCCAGUCUUGAUGUGCAGUACGGAGGAGUCGGAGGAUUCAUUGCUAAGAAACCACCAAAACGUGUGGAUCCAAUGAAAGUCAUCCAGGAUUACUUGGAUCAGCGGAAGCUUCGUCUGUGGGACUUCUUCCGUAACAUUGACAAAGAUGGCACCAUGCGAGUCCCGACUGCUGACUUCAGGAAGGCAGUGCAGCAAUCGAGUAUUCCUUUGAAUCAAUACCAGAUUGAGGAGCUGAUUCAGAGGCUUGAUCGUGACAGGACAGGAAUGGUAGACUACAGGGGACUGGCCGAUACAAGGAAACAGAUGAUGAGGGAUCAUCGCCGCCAGCUGAGGAAGGUUGAGUCCCGUCAGAAGAAAGAGAAGCAGAAGAGUGACCGCAUUCUCAAGACCUUCCAGAGCGCUGUGGAGGCCGUGACGCCCCGCAGCUCCCUGGUCAUGUCACCUGGAGGAGGUAAAGAGGAUUCAAGCGGCCCGCAGCACUUCUCUGCUACCCCACUCAGUUCCUGGCACCACAUCGUCAUGUCCAACAGCAGCCGUUAUUCCGUCACCAAUAUGAGCAAUGAGCACAUCCACCUGCCCAUGUUAGGAGGCACCACGCCUUACCGUCCUACCAGUUCCCCAGGGAUGAGAUCCUACUCCCAACCGAACCUGCUGGAUGAGUCCCCUUGCUCUGCUCCAGGCAAGUCCAUCUCUGCCCAGGGUGUUCGCUCUGAUCCAGAGGUGGGCCACAGCAAGCUGAGCCCCACUGCUAACAGCCUGACCAGGUCCCGGCCGGCUCUUAAUGCCAAGCAGCCUGUGGUCAAACCCAAAACCAAGAAAGUGAAGAAAAAGAAAACCAUGAAACGGGGGGAUAAAGGCUCGAAGAAUUCACGAACUGUGAAGUGACCAUCAAACACUGUUUAUAUAACUCUGCAAUGUAUUAUUUUAUUAGCCUGAUAUCCACAUCUUUGUUGUCAAAGCUAUUAAAUAAAUUCAAAUUUCAACCAUUUAA